AUGUCUCCUAUCAACAUUAUAAAGAGCUACUUGCAUUUUCGGUUCCAUCGCUGGGAUGUGUACGCCAGCAAUCGGCCGCUGCAUGGCAAACAAGAAUCACACGCGUGUGCUUGCGAUUCGGAGGCUCAGCUCGAAGCGAAAACUGGGCUGGGCUUGUGCGACCAAGGUGCACCCCAUCGCGACUCGACAUUCCACGAGGCACUUGCUGUUACCUCCAGCGGACGAUAUGAAGUGUUGCAAAUCAAGUCGAAAGGGUCUCUUGGGGAGUCAGAAGUUCAGAUAUGCACUCGAGCAAUCGGAUUGAAUCCCAUUGACUGGAAGUCCGUUGACUUCUCCAUGUGUAUGCCAGAGUUUCCCUGGGUCAAUGGACGGGAGCUGGCCGGCGUGGUGGAGGCUGUGGGCAGCACAGUCAGCUAUAUCAGACCUGGCGAUCGGGUUUGGUCGAGCACAUACUACAGAAAGCGUGAAGCUGGAUGUUUUCAGGCCCGUGUGGUGGUGCCAGCACAUACAGUCCUGCCCCUACCUUCAGACUUGUCUUUUGAAGAUGGAGCGUGUCUCGGAGUUCCUGGGCUCACUGCAGCAAUGACGCUCUGGCAUUGGCUUGGCGUACCUAUGCCCUGCGAUGCUACCAUGCACCCCACAGCUCAGGGGGCCCAGGGACAAGGACCAAUCCUGAUAUGGGGUGGCUCGACCAUCACUGGACAAUUUGCAAUUCAAUUGGCCACGCUGAGUGGCCUAGACGUUAUUGCUGUGACUUCAGGAAAGACGAGUGCUGUAGCUCAAUCCCUCGGUGCCAAGUGCGUGGUGGUGCGAGACGGCAAAACAAACGACCACAUCGUCGCUGAAAUCUCCGCUGCGGUAGCAAGCCUUGCAGGAAGUCCAGAUGCCCUGACCAAAGCGAUUGACAUUGUUGGUCCCGAGACCGCAAUACAUACGAUGGGAGCUUUAUCGUCCAGUCAGCCCUCCACCAUAGCGGCUCUGUCGUUCUUGCCAUCAGGUGCUACUGUUCCUGACAAUAUUACCGUAGCAAACGUGCAGAUGAAGGACUUCGUCCUUUGCCCCGAGUCUCGUAAAUAUGCUCUCGAGCUUAAUCGUCUGAUUGCAUCAAAAAUCGUACAGCUGCCGUCUCACGAGAUCUCCAGCUGUGGACUGUCAGGGAUUCCUACAGGAUUGCAAAGGCUCAAGGAAGGCGAUAUGGGAGGCAAGAAACUAGUAGUUUCGCUACAGACCGAUAGAAUUUGA